AUGGAUAUUUUCCAUGAUGUGAAUAAACCUCAGAUUGAGAUUAUUGAACUUACUCAUGAAAAGAUUAGAUUUAUUCUUUCAAAUGCAGAUUUAAGUUUGGCCAAUUCUCUAAGACGUAUUAUGUUGGCAGAAGUUGCCACCAUAGCAAUUGAAUUGGUAGAAUUUCAUAUAAAUAAUUCGGUUUUGAAAGACGAAUAUAUCGCACAUCGUUUAGGAUUGAUUCCAUUAGAGAGCACCGAAACAGAAGUUCUUAAAUUUCCAAGAGAAUGUUCUUGUCUUAAAGGAUGUAAAUCUUGUACAGUAGAAUUGACUUUACAUGUCAAAUGCUCUGAAGAGAAUGAUACAAGAGAUGUUACUAGUAGAGAUCUUAUUAGUAAUGAUCCUAGAUUUGUACCAAUUCAUGAAGGUCCUAGAGAUCCGGGAAUUAUGAUAACUAAACUUUGUGUAGGCCAAGAAAUUAAAGUCAAAUGUUUAGCUAAGAAGGGUAUUGGGAAAGAACACGCAAAAUGGAGUCCUUGUUCUUCCAUUGGUUUCGAAUAUGAUCCGUACAAUAAACUUCGACACACUCAAGUUUCGAAAAAUGAAAAUAAUGAAGAUUGGAAAACUAGUAAAAAUGCAGUAUAUGAUUCUCCUCUAGGAGAUGAAGAAGUAUUCCAAUUUUUAGUGACACCUAAUAAAUUUUAUUUUGAAGUUGAGUCUGUUGGAUCAAUGAAACCCGAAGACAUUGUUUAUAAUGGUAUAAAAAAACUUAUAGAAAAAAUUUCAUCAAUUCAAAUGGGAUUAUCAAUUGGAAUGAAUGCACAGAAUGAGAAUAAUGUUACUUCUCCGUCUAAUAUGAGUGGUGUUGAAAUAAAUAUUCUUGAUGAUGAUCAAAUAUCUCGUGAUAACCAAAAAGGAUCAUCAUCAUUAUCAAGCGAAGAAGAUAUUUGGAUAUCAUCAUCAUUCAAUAGAAGUGGAUUUAAUUGGUCAUCUAAUCAAAAUAAUCGAAAUGAAAUUCAAACAAAUUCGAUAUCACUUAAUGGAACAAUAAAUUCUACUCUUUCUUCAAGUUCUAAAGGAGAAGAAUUAUGGAUAAGUUCGUCUCCAAACGGUGAAAAUGAAAUGUGGACAA